AUGGACAGGACAACAAAUUCACCUUUUACUACGGCAGUCCUGGAAUGCCCAGUGCCGUCAAAAUUUCACCUACCUCAGCUUGAGCCGUUUGACAGACUUAAGGACCCCCUGGACUACCUCAACACAUUUAAGAUGACACUAGGCCUUCAACAGCCUUCUGACGAAAUUCUAUGUCGUUCUUUCCUCACCACUCUCAAAGGAGCUGCAAGGGAGUGGUUCAUGAAGUUACCAACAUCGUCCAUCGACAACUUUAAGCAGUUGGGCAACGCCUUUUUGCGCCACUUCGUUGGGGGACAACGCUUGAAGAGGCCAGCAGAUCACUUACUCACCAUUAGACAAGGGGAGAAAGAGACCCUGAGGUCGUAUAUGAAACGCUUUACUCGGGAGACUUUAGAGGUAGACGAAACUGGCGACAAGGUGCAGUUAACGACCUUUAAAGCUGGAUUGAAAUCUAGGGAGUUCGUGGUUUCACUCGCGAAGAAUCCUCCUAAGAUGAUGGUAGAGAUGCUCCUGAAGGCACAGAAGUACAUGAACGUUGAAGAUGCUUUAGCCGCGAUAAAGGAUGUGAAAAAGACCAGCGACAAGGGAAUGAAGGAAGACGAUCGCAGAGGAAGAAAAAGGGAGCGCCCAAAUCGUCAGACUAAAGAUGAGAGUAAAAGGAAGGAUGAGAAAAAUCCUCAAAUGGUAAAAUUCACUCCUUUAGUUAUGCCUGUUGACAAAAUUUUGGCUUAG